AUGAAUAAUCAUCCAAGCGCACCGAUUGCUAAUCCAAUAGAAGAAACAGCCAAUGAUUAUCUUCAAAUGCAUCGUAUUCAUGAACUUUUUCAUAAUCUUUCAGCAUCUAUGGUCUAUAACAGACCAGAGGAUCCGAAGGUAUUCAUGAUCGAUUAUCUUGAACAAUUGAAAAAAGCUCGCGCAACUGGUCUUGCAUUUCCAGCACUUGUUCAAGAUACAGAUCUAACAUCUGUUUUUCGUAUGCUCGAUCCUGUCGGACUUGGUCAUAUUACAUAUUCACAAUAUGCAUCUACGAUGGAAGCUCUCGGGGUCACUAAAUACAAUACAGCACCAGCCGGCAAAGAUGCUGAUCAUAUUUCAUCAGAAACAUUCUGUCAAGAAGCGAAAAAACGAAUUAACGAAUUAAACGCUACUUUUCAUAAUCAAUAA